UCUGACAGUCCCAGAUCUCGGUCAUGAAAAGGGGGCGGAGCUACAUGAAACGGAUGGGGCAGGGUUGGUUCUAUAUCGGAAAAGGUCCCUUAGCCCACUUGAUUCUAGCAUCUACCGAUGGGGCAGAGCUACACGGGAACAGGCUGCUACAGCUCUGGCCAGCCUGUGAUAGCGCUUUCCCUGUAAGAUAAAGGAGCACCACCCCCCAGAAUCCCUCCGCCAGUUCCCCCACCUCCACAGGACAAACACCUUUGGGUCGUUACUGAGAAUCCAUAGUGGAGCCACAGCUGCUAUCCAGGAUUAUUUAAUGGUAACAACAGUCACUGUCACUGGAACGUUUAAACACACAGAACUGUUAAAGGAAUAUUUAAAACAGAUGUUCACCCAUGACGAGGCUCCGUGGAAAAUAUCACUGUACGAGCGCCGCUGCUGCCAGUUUAUGAGGUUGAAUCACGCCACUGUGUACAUAUUCCUCCGGUUGAAUCACGCCACUGUGUACAUAUUCCUCCGCUCUCCACUGAAUGAACCCAAGCUUGACCCUCACUCCAAGGAGAAACGCGUUGUCGAUAAUGAUGACGAAGGUGAUGAUGGUGAUGAUGAAGAGGAAACGCAGCUGGCAGUAAAUAUGAAAUCAUUUUUGCAGCCCAAUCUGCCAGAAGUGGGUGAUACCAUGGAGCAGCCUGACAAUGGCAUACCACUCAUGACAAAGAAGUAUAUCAAUAAGUUCCGUACAGCUGUUCUCGUCGUGCAAGUUAUUCGCAACCUCAUCAAAAUUUAUAGAGACUACGCAGCCUCAAGAACUGAGCCCAUUUCCUUCAGCGAGUACCUCGGAUUUGAGACGGAGACGGAAAACCUUCUGUUUGACCGCUCCCUCUUCAAGGCUAAAAUGGAGAUGGUUCUCAGUUCUGAAGCAAAACAAAUACUAACCAGUCCCCCAGAUAAGAGGACAGCAGAAGAGACAAAGGUGGCCAUGCUGUCUCUGAGGAUGACCGUGUCUUCUUUCGCUGGAUAUCCAGUUUAUAUACAGGAGAAAAUAGCCAAAGUUGGCUGGUAUGAAUGUUUCGGGCCUGGACGAGUAAUCAUAAGACAGGGUCACAUUGCCCAGAACUUCUACCUGAUACUCUCGGGCACCGCCGUAGUGACCAAAGUGUCUCGCAAUGAAACUACGGGGGAGCAUUUCUCCAAGACGGUGGCCUUCCUGAAGAGAGGGAAAUACUUUGGGGAUGUGGCUAUUUUGACUGACGCCAAGAGGAACGCCACUGUCGUGUGCCAUGACACCGUUUCCUUGCUUGCCAUCUCUAGACAGGAUUUUUUGACCAUAUUUUUGAACAGCGAAUCCCAAGAAGGAUCUGACUAUAUACGGUUGUUGCAUAAUAUUGAACUACUCAAUGGGUGGCCUAUUCACAAGCUUCCUUACAACAACCCUAGAAUCUGUGUCCACACGUUCUACAGGCCUGGGACGGUUAUCACAAAGGACUCAAGGGCAUCUACAAAAAUCUAUGUGAUCAAAAGUGGGUCUAUCCGUGUAUUAAAAUCUAUGACAACUCCGAAGACGCGCCCACUUAAGAGUCCCCAUCGUCUGCAGAGUAAAGAGGGGAUGAAGGAGGAAUCCAGAGCUAGAGUACCUGCACAGGGACUGGUUUACACCAUCUUCGAAGACACACUGGGCAUGGUAUUGGUUUCAGAUGGCGCGGAGUGCAUUGUCAUAUCAAAAGAAUUCUUUAAAAAACAGAUGGAUGACGAAUACCUCCAUAAAUUAUCCAGACAUAUUCAGCCAUACCCAACCAAAGAGAUACUGCAGCAGAAAACGCAAGAUUAUAUCAGAUGGCAAGCAUACAAGUCACAUCUUAUCAGAAAGCAUCUCUGACUCUACGAUGGUACAAGCAAUUGUUAUACAUAGAAGGACAUGCUUAAAUGAGAUGUCAAAUAAUUUAUAUUCAAAGCCCAUCUCCAAUUCAUGAUAGGAUGAACUGUUACCUUACGGACGGAAUGGGAUUUUAUAUUUUAGACUCACUUGUUCAUUCAGUUGCACCUUACAGCAUGUACAGUAGAUAAAAGACAAUUUAAAAAACAAACUGUAAAUUUAUAUAUAAUUUCUUUGCCAAUAGAUAGAUAGAUAGAUAGAUAGAUACAAUAUAUGUGAAAUAUGCAUCUACAGUAUCUUUAUAUUUCAUAGCAUGGGGUGUGUUCUUCCUGAUAGUACAUGAGUACUACUUUUAUUUACUAAGAAAAUAUUUUAGCUUUUUUUAAUUACUUUUUAACUAUUUUGCAUUUUAAGAAACUAACAUUUUGUUAAAGUAGUUACUUUAAAUGAGAGAGGGUAGAGCUGUCAGCUGUAUCCAGAUUCGGUGACAGGAGGCUUGUAUAUUGGCGAGCCAGGCAGUGUAAGGCCGGUGCUAGGUCUUCUGAUGCUCAACAAUUUGGAACCAGUUUAAAAGUAAUUUGAGUUUUCAUUGGUCUGAAGACCCCUGACAUGUUCGUGGCACAGUGGUGGUAUAGAUCUGGAUUUAAAGUUGUAGGGCAAAAUGUGAAAUUCACAAUCAGAGGUAGCCACUAUACGUUCAAGAUUUGUCAUUCAUGGUAGAGGCUUGUCAUUUCUUUUGGUGGUUCGUGGAAAAAUUAGUGUUAAUUUUUUUUAAUUUUUACUGGUUUUGUAAUAAUAACUGCAAACAUCACUGUGAUCACAGUUUGAAGUCGGUCACUUAUGUUCAAGCCAUCAGUUCAAGUCUGAACAUGUUCUAGCCACAUACAUAAACGGUUGGAUCGUGUGUGCGCCGGCUCAGACAUGCAUAUUGGAUAGAGCACGUGCAAACAGGUUUAAAUUUAGUCCUGCAUUGCAACAUCUGGUCAACGUGCUCAAUUUUUUUUAAUCUAUUAAAAAAUAAAAAAAAAUUUUGGCAUAUUUUUGGAAUUUUGUGAUAUGUCAAUCCAAUUUGAGAAUUGUUCUUUUGAAGCAUUGCUUGUCUUCUGUGAUUAAUAUAAUGUCUAGCUGGGGUCAAUACAAUUGAAAAUUUGGCAAUGGAGUUGAUAAACUAUAAAUAUAGUUCAAACAUUGUGACUUAGAUGAUGUAACUCCUUGCAUGGCCGUUGUAGCAAAAUGUAUUAUUUUCUUUUAUGACUUGUGAUGUUAAAGGUUGACAAUGAUAAGUAUACCGUGUCUUUCACAGCUAUUUAUACAAACAUUACGCCACACCAUCAUAUACUGUACUUGUUUGUUUACGAGAAGACAGAAAAAAACAAGUUAUAACUCUUUGCAAACCAUCCUAUUAUCGAAGAGUGAAUAUUAUUUAUUUAUUUUUCAAGAUAUAUUGGCAAGUUGUCUUUUAAACUGUUGACCCUAUUCGUCAUGACAGUGUUUUUGUAAAGUUCUCUAUCCAAAAAGUUUUUUCUAACGGUGAAUAAAUAAA